GAAGGAGGGCUGGCGGUGGGCCACGUCACUGUCCCCAAGCCCGGUGGUGGGGAGGGGACCCAGUUAGCUCCUCCCCACUCCGCCCCUAGCCGGGGCUCUGGAGCUGGGAGCUGAAGUCUAACCCGCCCCGGCCCCGGGGCCAACCCCAGUGGCCGCACACACCCCCAAUCACACACACACGCACGCACACGCACACCCCGCCCCUCCAAAGCCACCGGCAGGUGCAGGGCCCUCGCCGCCCCGCCGCCAGCGCGCACAACACACGAGCCGUUAGCGCGCGCGGUCCGCCCGUCCGUCCGCGCGUCCGUCGGUCCGUCCGUCCGUCCGUGGAUCCCAGCAACCUUCAGUGGAUCCGUGCGCCACCGCUCUGCACCCAAGGGCCCUCUACGGCCUCGACCUCCUCCUCCUCCUCCUCCUCCUCCUCCUCCCCCCAAGUGUCAUCGUCCUCGUCGCCCCUUAAACGCCCGGAAAGCUUCCCGGUGGUGCUGGGGGUUUUCUUGGAUUCCGGUAGCCAUGUCCAUGGGCCUAGAGAUCACCGGCACGUCUCUGGCCGUGCUGGGCUGGCUGUGCACCAUCGUGUGCUGCGCGCUGCCCAUGUGGCGGGUGACGGCGUUCAUCGGUAACAGCAUCAUCACGGCGCAGAUCACCUGGGAAGGGCUGUGGAUGAACUGCGUGGUGCAGAGCACCGGGCAGAUGCAGUGCAAGGUGUACGACUCGCUGCUGGCGCUGCCGCAGGACCUGCAGGCCGCCCGGGCCCUCAUCAUCGUGGCCAUCCUCCUGGCAGCCUUCGGGCUCCUCGUGGCGCUCGUGGGUGCCCAGUGUACCAACUGCGUGCAGGACGACACGGCCAAAGCCAAGAUCACCAUCGUGGCGGGCGUGCUCUUCCUGCUGGCUGCCUUGCUCACUCUGGUGCCCGUGUCCUGGUCGGCCAACACCAUCAUCCGAGAAUUCUACAACCCCCUGGUCCCCGACUCGCAGAAGAGGGAGAUGGGAGCCGGCUUGUACGUGGGCUGGGCGGCCUCGGCCCUGCAGCUGCUAGGGGGCGCCCUGCUCUGCUGCUCGUGCCCGCCGCGCGACAAGUACGCGCCCACCAAGAUCCUCUACUCGGCGCCGCGCUCCGCCGGGCCUGGCACCGGCACGGGCACCGCGUACGAUCGCAAGGACUACGUGUGAAGGGGACCCCGGCGACGUACCCGAAGACAGUCCAAACACCCCAAACAGACACCACCACCACUUACCAGCCGCUGGAAUCAGCAACCAGUGUGAGUCAGAGGACACCCCCCUCCCCUCCUACCCACCCCCUCACACACACACCUGGAUGCCACGCAGCCUUUCUUGCUUUAGACGGGCACACAGGCCUGCCUGGGAAGUCCUCCUCUUUCCUCAGCUGCCACCUGAUUGCCAGGCCCUCUGUGUCCGCCCCCCCCCCCCAUCAUGGGACUGACCCACCCCACCUUGGACACAGGACACCUCGCCCUUCUGCUCAAGGACAGGGCUGGAGGGUGGCUGCCACAGCAAGUUGACAGUCCGUCGUCGUCGUCGUCGUCGGGUGGGGACCCUAAAGCCCCCUAGUGGGGGAGGAUACAGCAGCCUUGAAAUGGGCCAUUUGAUAUUUUUCAAUAAAACGCCUUUCGGGUUUUUUGUUUUUUU